CAGAGGUGGGAGAAAUCUCUCUUCAUAUUCUGUCUGUCUUCAUUUUAUUUGACAGGGAUGGAUCCGUGGCGGCAAGGUUGGAUGGAUUCCCCCUUUCAAGCGGUACCAACUGGAGCCGAGACAGAAACACCAGAUUUCAUGGAAGAUUACAGGAAGAUGUUCCAAGAAGAUUUCGGCACAGAGGAUUCUUGGUUUCUGCCAGAAAAUGGGAUGGAUCAGCAGCCAUGGGGUGGUGGGAGUUAUCUAGCAGAACUUGAGGAGCUUGAGAAGGAAAUGCCCUACCAUCACACACCUGGCUUGAAAGGUUUCCCCGAGUACACAAAUACCAUUGUGGAGGAUACACAGGUCUCCUCCUACCUGGAUUAUGGGGGAUCCAAUGGCAAGGCUUCCGGUCCUGCCCUCCAGGAGAGGGUCCUGAGAAGUCUGGAGGGCUCCCACGAUCUGAGGUUGCCACACCGGCCUUUGGGUGUGCCUCUGCACCCCUCUUCCCCCAAAAGACCAAUAUCGCCAUCUAAGUCAUGGCCUAGAGGGCAGCAGGAGCCAGGAGAAGCCUUCUCAAAGGCAGAGGCAUUCUGCAAUCCGGCAAGGAGCACCAGCACAGAGGCCUGUGAUUCAUGUCACUGCGAAUCACCAAGCAGGACCAGUCAACAAGAGGCGUUCAGGAAUGGGAUCGGUACCAGGCCCGGCACCAGGCCACAAAGAGAUCAGACAGGUUCCGGCCCCAUCCAGCUAUGGCGGUUCCUGCUGCAGCUGCUACUGGACGGCUCCUGCCAGGCUUUCAUCUGCUGGACGGGGAACGCUUGGGAGUUCAAGCUCCGGGACCCCCACGAGGUGGCCAGACGCUGGGGCCAGCGGAAGAACAAGCCCCAUAUGACCUACGAGAAGCUGAGCCGGGGCCUGCGCUAUUACUACCACAAGAACAUCAUCCACAAGACCAGCGGCCAGCGCUACGUCUACCGCUUCGUCCGCGACAUCCGCAGCCUGCUGGGCGAACUGUCGGAGACGCUGCAGAGCCAGCAGGGGAGAGGGCCAGCCUCCUAGAGAGAAGGAUGCUGGCUCAUGGGCACAGGAGCAGCCAUGGCAGCUUCUAAGAGGGUGUCGCCAGCAACUUGC